AAAUUUUCUCCUUUUCUGGGAAAUGAUUUUUUAUUUUUUUAUUUACAUAAAUCAAUCACCGAUAGUUCCCUUUUGUGUCUACCAUUGGUCUCAAAUUCUGAGAAAGUCACUUUUUUUCUGAUACCCAAAAAGAAUUGGGUUCAAAGUUGUGAUCUUUGGCCAAAUGGGUACCGACAGGCGUCGCCGGCGGUGGUGCGCCGUCGUAUUGAUCGGAAUAGUUGCCGUUGCGAUGACCGUUAGCGCUUCCGACAGUCACAAUAAGCAGAAACAACCGGUGUCUCGAAUUGCCUUCGGUUCAUGCAACAACCAGAGCGCUCCUCAGCCCAUCUGGGAUGCAAUACUAGACUUUCAUCCUCAAGUCUUCAUAUGGCUGGGUGAUAACAUUUAUGGAGACAUCAAGCGCCCUUUUAAAAUAUUUGGACGGGAAAGGACUAUUGGGCCUUGGAAGAAUGCUCAAAGGUUUGUUCCUUCCUCUGAGGAGGAAAUGGAGGCUAAGUACAGAAAGGCUAAGUCUAAUCCUGACUAUGUCCGACUACGAGAGGAUGCUGAGGUUAUUGGAACAUGGGAUGAUCAUGAUUACGGAUUAAAUGAUGCAGGAAAAGAAUUCCAAGGAAAAAUUACCAACCAAAAGUUACUUCUUGACUUCUUGGAGGAACCUCAAGAUAGCCCAAGGCGGAAACAGGCUGGUGUAUAUGCCUCAUAUACAUAUGGUCCUGCGGGUAGAGAUGUGAAGAUUGUCCUCUUAGAUACCAGAUACCACAGAGACCCUAUAGGAAGUGAUGGAACAAUUUUGGGGAAUUCACAAUGGUUAUGGCUGGAGAGAGAGCUGAAGGGUCCACCAACAGCCAUUACCAUAAUUGGAUCUUCUAUUCAGGUUAUAUCAAAUCUUUCAGCAACCAUUCGCCCUUUGUUUGCUAUGGAAUCUUGGGCUCGAUUUCCUAAAGAAAGAGAUCACCUUUUCAAAUUAAUAGCAGAUAGCAAGAGGGACGGAGUAUUUUUUAUAAGUGGAGAUGUUCACUUUGGGGAAAUCACAAGAUAUGACUGUGCUGUGGACUACCCUCUUUACGAUGUAACCUCGAGCGGGGUUACUCAAUCGGUCGAAGGGGUUGUUCCAUCUUCCUUGCAUUUUUUAGUGAGGUUUGUUGCCUGGUUGACUCCGUCUACAUUGAGAGUUAAGGGCCAAAACUGCAGACACAGAUCUUGCGUAUAUGGCCAGCCAAACUUUGGAACUAUUGAAAUAGAUUGGGACUCUCACCCAGUGACUCUGGAACUCAAAGUCAGGGACAAGAAUGGCAUUGCUGUUACAGGUGCUAAUAUUUCAUUAAUUGAACUACAACCAACAAAUUCAAGGACUGGGGACAAAGAAAAAACAGAACGUAAUAAGAGGCAUUGCACUCUUGAAGUUAGUCUACCGUGGAUUAAAAGAUAUCGCCUUGCAAUCGUAUUUUUUUCCACUUUGAUUGUGUUUCUGCUUAUACUCCUAGGGCUUGUUUUAACCUGUGUCUCAGUUUUCCGACAAGGCUGCAAAAGGAAACACGAUUGACACAUGUAGAUACUUACAGAAUCAGCAAAAGGAGCAUGUGUUAGCUCCUCUCCUCUAUAGAUUUAACCUCAGAAAUUAUAGGCCAAUAAGAUUGUAUAGAGUAUUCUUAUACUGUUUCAUCUUGGUACACUUGCAGUGUGUUUGGUUUUUCAUUUGAAGUUUCUAAGCAAUUAAUAGGACAAAAGUUAAAAGACACACUUCUGUCCAAACUAUGGUUUGGGAUUACCCAAAUGCAAAACCAAACACGCUUUAAGAAGUUGAUUUUUCAUUUUGCUUGGUGAGUUUAUUUAAAGCUUGAGCCGUUUGGUAUGAUGCGCAUAGAAUGUCAGUGGCAUAUCAGCCCUUAAACUGUUUAUGUUAUGGAAUUCAGUAGCUUCUGGUGCAGCUUCAUUUGAUUAAUUUAUGAUUUUAAGAGUCACAA